AUGAAUACCGACACUGACCUAUCGUGGGAAGCCUAUGAUGAAAGUUGCAAAGAGACGAGCCUGAGGUCAAAAGGAUACACCUCAGUGGCUCCCGCUCCAGAGAGUUUCAAAAGAGUAUUCAACUUUCAAGUGGCUAAGCUAGAAAUAGCUGGGGAUCAGGAAUUGUCUCCCAUCGCUCAUAUCGCCCCAUCUCCUCAACAAGUCAAUUUUCUCGAAAUUCUGAAACUUCUUACUGAAUAUUUCCGAAGUGGGAAUUGUUCAAAGGCUUGCGAAAUGUCGAUUACUCAACUCAUUAGCGGGAAAGCUGUGUCCAGUCACUGCUUGUGCACCCGAUUCUCCGACAAAGCUGAUGGUGAGCUUUCUGGAACGCUGAUGGGUAUGGCAUGGGUCGUUCAUUUCUGGCGAGGAAACAUUACCAUUCCUCCACCAUCAUCAACAACAAGGGCACCCAAGAAC